UGAUUAUCUGCAACUGGCUGUUAACGCCGCAGGCCACUAUCACUCCCACCAGUCUAGCUUAUCUCCGAAGCAGUAUCAUCAUCACUCUGCCGCCCUUCAGAUAGGACAGCCAGCAUGGCCAAUGAUAUUGCCAUCAUAUCCUCACCAUGCCCACCGGGAUCAACAUAUAAAGCGCCACCAAAAGCCCUCUCUGCAGCAGCCAUGUAUAGGUGAGAAUAACCGAUAGUAACCAUGACGAAGAAAGUCACUGUUGCCGACACUGUUGUCGAUCCCGAAAACAUCGAUGUCGCAAAGGGAGAGAGUGAGCUCUUGGGAGCGAAUGAGGAUGUUGGGUAUCACCGAUCGCUCGGUCGUCGUCAGAUCAUGAUGAUGACCUUUGGUGCUGGUGUUGGGACCGGCUUAUGGGUCGGUACUGGAACUGCAUUGAAGUAUGCUGGUCCUGGUGGGAUCGCCGUUGCAUACACGAUCACUGCGUUCGUGGUAUACUUGCAGUAUACCUCCAUCGGAGAAAUGACAACUUUUAAGCCGGUCCAUGGCGGAUUUAUCCGUCAAUGCAUCGAGUACGUGGAGCCCGCCUUCGGGUUUGCGGUCGGCAUCAACUUUUGGUUCUCGUGGGUGCUUUGUAUCCCCGCCGAGAUUACCGCGGCCGUCUCUGUGCUCGAAUUCUGGCCGCAGACAGAGGUUAUCCCUCUUGCCGCGUAUAUCACCAUCUUCCUGGCUGUCAUUGCCGCGGCAAAUGCGUUUGGGGUCCGGAUCUACGGGCAUGUUGAGUAUGUCAUGUCGUUUAUUAAAUGCCUGGCCAUCAUUGUCAUGAUCUUCUUCAUGAUCAUUAUGACUUCAGGAGGCAUCCCAGGCACGCAUGGUGCCAUCGAGUUCCGCUACUGGCGCAAUCCCGGUGCCUUCAACAACGGCAUCAAAGGGAUCUCCAAAGCAUUUGUUCAAGCGCUUUUCAGCUUCGGUGGUGGAGAGCACAUCGCAGUCAUCGCCGGAGAAGCCAAGGAUCCUCGCCGAACCAUCAGAAAGACGGUGUAUCCAGUCUUUUGGCGCAUGUUUUCGUUCUUUGUGGUCAACAUCUGGCUCGUGGGCAUGUGCGUUCCAUACAACGAUGACAAUCUCAUCAAUGGGAGUGGCACAAUGGGGAGUCCAUUCGUCAUCGCCAUUGAGCGAGCGGGCGUGAUGUGGCUAGCACAUAUCAUCAAUGGGUUCAUCUUUCUAACCGUCAUCAGCUGUGGAAUUACCAGUGCAUAUAUUGCUAGUCGCAGUCUUGCUGCAUUGUCUGACAUGGCUAUCCUCCACCCCUUUUUCGGCCGGAAAGACUCUGCCGGGAGGCCAUAUGUCUCUCUGACCAUCAGCACCGUUCUAGGAGGGGCCCUGUGCUAUCUGAACUGUAACGCCACGGGAGCUACCGUAUAUAACUGGUUCUCUUCUCUGGUAUCUGUCUCGGCUCUCUUCCAAUGGUCCAGCAUCUUCAUCUCCCAUAUCCGAUUCCGACGGGGUCUUGCCGCGCAAGGCAUUAGCACACGGGCGCUUCCCUUCCGAGACUGGACGGCGCCCUACGCCCAGUACCUGGGCCUCCUUGUGGUCCUUUUCAUCGCAGGCUGUGAAUUCUACUUGGCGUGUUUCCCCUUCGGUGAGCAGGGAUCUGCAAAGACCUGGUUCUCAUCGUACAUUGCUGCCCCGCUGUUCUUCUUGGAUUACUUCGGAUACAAAAUUUAUUAUCGCUCCAAGCUGGUUCACCCGGCAGAUAUGGACUUCACGGCCGCCCAUGCUUUUGAUGAAGAGGACCGGGCAAGGGCGGCUGUAGGCUACGAGACACAGAGUCGGACAGACAAGAAGAUUGGACAGUCCAUCAAGGAUUUGAUCUUCGGCUGAGCUUGACUAAGUCUGCCCAAUCCAUGACAUAAGGACCGGCUCGGCCAGUAGAGACAAAAGGCGUGAAGCCGAAGACUGGCGGUCAAGGAAUACAUGAACAAUUCGCACCUAGAUAAUGACCUCAUAAAUACCCAAUCCCAUGAAUGUUCCAGGUGUC